UUCAAUAGUCCCUCUUUAAAACAUCUCUCCUCCGUCGGGAUUAGGGUUUGGUGGUUCUUUGUUUUUUCAGCGAUUCAGAGUGGGAGAGGUGUGCGAGAGAAAAAUGUCGAAGAAGAACGAUCUAGCUCGUAGAAAAAGGCAGCAUGAAUUCGAACUCAAAAGAGAGAAAGAAGAAAGAGAAAAGAAGGCAAAGAAGCUUCAGGCAAAGAAGAGCAAGAUGAAAGUUGAUGGUAAUGAGAAGAAAAAGAAGGGUGGAGGUUUUAAAGUAGGCAAGAAAAAGUUCAAGACCAAAAUGACGGCGCUGAAUAAGGCUAAAGCCGCCCAAGCAAUGGAGGUUGACAAAUGAGGUUCAGUCGCAAUGGUUAUAUGUGCUUCCCAUGCAUAUCCCCAAGAAGGAUAAUUGGACUGGAAUGUUUUAUAGAUAGUUACCAGGCAUAUAAGGAAUUGUUGCGAGACAAGCAUGAAAAGAAGAAAGGGAGGUUAUAUCAGGACUUGUUGGGUAGAAGUGUGUGAAAGGAAUAAAGGAGGUUCAGUGAGAUGCAUGGUGUAGGCUGAUUUGGGUCGACUCUUGACACAGUUUAGCAAAAGCUUUAGAUUGUGAUGAAACUAUAUAUUCAACAAUGUUUUAGCAGUCAAGAAUCUGGUGUCAAAUGUAUAUUUAUGAACUACAAAAGGUCAGAUCAGCUAGGAGUGGAAAAUCGAGUGAUCACAAGAACAAUAAACCCAAGUUGGUUGUGAUUUCGAUUCUGCAAUAGUGGAGACUAUACAACAAACUGUUGUUUUAUAAUGUUGAUCUCGUCUGAAAGGCAUAUUGAUGGACAAUUCAACCACCUGUUAUAGGCAAUAUGUGAUGUUUGUUAGAAAUAGUAGCAAACAUUUGAGUCAGGUACUGAUUCACAUUAAUUUGCUCAUUGUAACUGUUGAUUAACCUGUAGUUUACAGCCUGAUUUUGAACAGCUUCUUUGAAUGGUUCAGCCAUCAACCAAUUUACUCUUCU